GUUUUAGCAAGGGUUAGAACCAUGAAGACUGCGUUACUUCUGCUUCUACGACUUCACAGUUCACAACCAUCAACUCCUCCGUCGCGGGCUUUGUCUCUGUAUCUUCGACGAUCUUUUAAAUUUUCUCGGGUUUAACAAUUUAUGUGAUUGAGCGAUAAUUUUGUGCGGAGAUGGAUUGGCAAGGGCAAAAGCUAUCGGAGCAGCUGAUGCAGAUAAUUCUGUUGACGUUCGCUGUGGUGGCGCUUGUGUCAGGUUACGUGACGGGAUCGUUUCAAUUGAUGAUUGUAAUAUACGCUGGUGGUGUGGUGCUCACCACAUUGAUUACGGUCCCCAAUUGGCCUUUCUUCAAUCGCCACCAACUCAAUUGGUUGGACUCCAGUGAGGCUGAGAAGCAUCCCAAGCCGCAGAAAGCUGUGAGUGCAAAGAAGAAAUCUGCUAAGAAAUAGGAUUAACGCAAGAGAGAUAUGUUGCGUAUGGUUCGUCUGCUGUUGGUUAUGUUACUGGAGAACUAAAUGUAAAACCCAUCUGUUCACAUGCCAUCAUUUGAUCCUGAUGUUUGGGUCAUAGUUUGUAUUCCGAACAUCAUUUGAAAUCCUGAUGUUCAACUUUUUAGUUCUUGUGGUACCACUUUUCCGCUAAAGAUUCUGGUGUUAUUCCUGAAAGCUGCUGUGGCCGCAUUAGAUUGUCUUUCUAGUGUAUCGUUUGUAAAUUUGGCAUGUAAUUGAUUUGGUUUUUGGAUUA